UUAUAAUACUAUUUGGCAUCCAAGCUGAUAGUCAUCUAAAAUGAUAGUCUAUAUGUUUUACAGUUCCAGAAUUUUGUACAGCAUAAACCCCUAAAAUCACUGCUUCCUGCAACCGCAAAUGCAGAAAGGCAGACUUCACACCAGGAUGCGCAGCGCGCUGGGAAUAAAUAAACAUGGCGGAUCUGUACCAUGCAGCACAGUAAAGGGGUUUAACCGACGAGAUAACAACAUCAGAGAAGACAGAAAGCAAAAUCAUGAUGUUUGUUUGCUUUUUUCUCCCGUGCGUGAGCAUUCCGAGAUGGAGCAUGUUCUCUCCUUAGGCUAUAAAUGGAUCUCUGUUCCAAUAUCACACCGUUUGGACUGCUCGAUUCCGUUUUAAAACACUAUUUAUAAACAGGCUUAUAUUGGACGAAAAUAGCUAUUUAACAAAGAAAACGGCUUAAGAAGACUAUGGGAUUCAAGGUCCCAGGUGCUGCAAUGGAUCGAGUUAGCCUGCUUUGGCGGUUGAGGCGUCGAGCCCGUCGUGGAGUUUUUUGCAUGGCCCUAUUUUGCAUGACCAUGGCUGUACUGUAUACACUGUGUGCUGAAAACAGUGUACCUGUCACUGAUGCCAUCUUUGGGGUGAGGGCAAGGACUAGGGCACAGCCAAGGGCGCACACUAUUGUAAAGGUGCUUCGGGGAGCGGGUGGAUCAAAACCGAUGUAUGUGGACCCUCAAAAGCUCCCGGGUGUUAUUCCUGGAGAUCCUCAAAAGCCUAUCCCUGUCCUCUCAUCCUUAAACUACUCAAUGGAGGCAAGUCAAAAGGAGCAGCACCCUGUGAGCAAAGAAAGGGAACGACAUGGGCUUCUUGCUUGGCUAUUGGGCAGACCACUGAGUCGUGCACUUGAGACCGUUAUAGGGGGCCGAAGAAAAGACACAGCCGGCCAUAAAGUGGAAGAUUUCUUUGUCGCCAAGGGGAAGGGUGGAAUGAUAUGGAAUGAUGAGAUGUCCAGUAGCAUGCUGGACAAAAGGCUGAAGAAGGUGGUGCAGAACUAUCAGGCAAUGAAUAAAUAUGGCGUGAAUCUCUCCAGAUCAGAAGGCGGAAAAAGACGGGUAAAACUGAGUGGCCCAGAGCUCUUGUGCCAACUCAAAGAGAUGGUGAAAAUCACCACAUUAACACCAGAGAUGGAGCCAUUUACUAAAUUUCCCUGGGCCUCCCAGCUGCCUGCACGACCCCUGACCUCUGCACUUGGUCCAUUUAAAACAUGCGCUGUUGUGUCGUCUGCAGGUUCUCUGCGGAACUCUGGACUAGGGAAAGAGAUUGAUGCCCAUGAUGCAGUAGUACGAUUCAAUGCUGCACCCACUGUGGGCUUUGAGAAAGAUGUGGGCUCUAAAACUACAGUGCGCCUGAUCAAUUCACAGGUGAUGGCAUCAGAAGAUCACCACUUCCUGUCCAGUUCUUUAUACAGCAGUGGAACAUUAGUGGCCUGGGAUCCUGCCCCUUUCUCCUCAGACCUAAUUGAGUGGUACAACAAUACAGAUUAUCCAAUAUUUAAACAAUAUCAGCGGUACAGACGGCUGCACCCACAACAGCUGUUUUAUAUCCUACAUCCCAGCAUGGAAUGGCAGCUAUGGAAGCAGCUACAAGAUAACAUGGCUGAGCCUAUUCAGAAGAACCCACCUUCCUCAGGCCUACUAGGGACAGUACUGAUGAUGUCACUAUGCGACGUGGUCCAUGUCUAUGAGUUCUUGCCGUCACGGCGCAAAACCGAGCUCUGCCACUACUAUCAGAACUUCAGAGACACAGCCUGCACCAUGGGUGCCUACCACCCUCUGCUUUAUGAGAAGAACCUGGUGAAGAGGAUGAACCAGGGUUUUGACAAAGACAUCUAUAAUCGUGGCAGGGUGACGCUGCCUGGAUUUAACACCUAUGACUGUACACAGAUUUCCAACUCUUCAACUUCUUCAAAGGCAUACAUGAAAGACUUAAAGUAAGCCUGAUUUCUGGGUAUUGGCUUAUUCAUGAGAUCACAUUGAGCAUCAUCUGCAUUCUCUUGAACCAUCUCCAGAUGUGCCGGAGGAGUCUAGCAUGAAAACUACACUGCAAGAUCAAUGUAAAAGAGACCUAUGCACAUUUCAUUCCCACUUAAGAAAAUUACAACCAUAUAUUUAUGUGUAUUAAGUAUAUUUUCUUAUGUAUUUUUAGAAUUAGACCUGUUAUUUUUCUCUCUGUACAAUGCUAAGUUAUUUAAAUAUCCUCUCAGCAGACACAGUAGACAUUCAAAUGCCAAAGCUGUUAUGCAUGUGACUCAGUUCCUAUGGGCCCUUGGUUGUGAUGUUGAGAAGAAAAAAAAAACCAGCAUGUACACCAGAAGUAAAACUGUAAAUGAGUUUUAUAGAUGUUUUGUUGUUUUUUCAUGUCACUUUUUAUUCCUUUUGUUAACUUACAAUUGUGAUUGUGUGAAGAAGUAUCUAGACAAAAUAAGCUGCAUUGUACUUGUCCACUGAUUACACAAUCUUCUCUUUGUCCUCUGAACUCAGAUGAUCAAAAGAAAACAAGAUUCUUUGAGAAGAAGUUAAAGAACAAACUAUGACUACAUUAUAUAAAUAUUCUAUACAUCUUGAUUGUAUUGCUAAUUCUGCUUGCAUUUUCAGAUGCAGUACAUGUAGUAGUGCAUGACAGCAGUUUACAUUUGUGUUUAAAAAAUGGCAAAACUGACACAGUAGCGUAUGAAGAUAUUCUUAACCACCUACUAAAAGCACACAUUGAUUCUGUGCACAUUUUCAUUUGAUCUAAAUCACAGUAAUAUAAUCACUGUAUAGACCAGUGUUAAAAAACACUGACACUUCCGUCUCUGCCACUAAGGCCAUUUUAGGCAUCCAUCCAUCUAUUUUAAUCUCACUGUCUCAUCUAGACAAACUUGCCGUUAGUAUCUGUUUCACAAUCAGCUUGUGAAAUGGUUUGUUUUUCACCUUCGUUGCGAUAACCAAGAAAAGUACAAUUAAACCUCUUAACAUUCCAAGCUUUCUGUACUCUCGUAGUGCAAUUAUUUAUUUAUUUAUUUAUUUAUUUAUUUAUUUAUUUAUUUAUGGCCACAGUUGCCAUUAAGCAUGACAAUUUGCCACGUGUCACUGUAGUACUACUGUGUAUGUAUGAAUUAAAUAUAAAAUAUGUGUGCUUCAGUGUUUGCGGGCUUUGAAAUGUUAUCUUUAAGAAAGUCAACUGUAUGCAUGGACUUCAAUGUUUAUCAUCUGAAUUUUUUGGGGAGGGUUUUUUUUUUUUAACACAACAUGAAUUCCAUCACUAUUACCAUAUGGAAUUUUCAAGCACUGAGCUCAUCAGCCAUUGAAUUAAAAGGUUUAAACACUGACUUCCACAAACAAAUUUAACAUCAUCAUCCUAAAGGAGACAUGGUGCAAAACUGACAGUCACUCAGUGUCCCCAAAGCUAUAAGGAAAUUCUAGUACACUUUCAAAAGCUGAGCACAGUGGGCCAAGGCUCAGGGGGUCUGAUACAAAUCACACCUGCACAGAGUAAUAGACGCUUUUAAAACAGGAAAAUAACACAUUUGUCUAAAAAUGAGAAAAAAUAAAUACUGUCUUCACAGGAGGAUGUAUUCUUUAGUACCAUAUACAUCCCUGUUCCAUACAGUCUCUGUACUGCUCUGAGGACAUGUUUGUAGCGUUAGGGACAGAAAACAUCAGGACAAAAUGAUAAAACACACCAGUUCUAAAUUUAAAUUGGUCAUUUUACAACUAUUCCAUUUGGUUCUGAGUGUAGGUUUCUACCAUCUAAUCUGGAUCAAACUCUGUUAACCCCAAUCUAUAAAACGAGAUAAUGUGUAGCAUCAUAAACUCAAGAUUUUUUAAAUCCCUUAUUGAGCACAAUGUCUUGACUAAUAGUCAGAUUGGAUCUGACUGGAAAUUACAAACUGUUAUUAAAUAUGCACUUGUUUUAUUGCCUAUUAAAAAGGCUUUUGACUCC